AUGGACGACGACAGCAGGCGUCGCACCACAUCCUUUGUUGACCCUGCUGAGAUGCAGGAAGGCAACGACAAGUACGACCCACUCACAGGCGCAAUGGACGGCAUGAACGUCAACGGCACGAUGACGAAGGUGCGUGCCAUGCGCGGGCCUUCGCGCCGCGCAAUUGAAGAGGAGAUCCAAUACGGCGACCUCUCUGUUGUCGGCAACGGCUCCUUUGGCGUCGUCUUCAAGACAAAGAUGAUCGACAGUAAAGGCACACACAACGUCGCCCUCAAGAAGGUCUUGCAAGACCGCCGAUACAAGAACCGCGAGCUUGAGAUUAUGCGGGAGGUUGGCCACCGCAACAUUGUCGAGCUCAAGUGGUUCUUCUUCACCCCGGGUGCCAAGAACGACACAUAUCUGAACCUGGUGAUGGAGUUUAUGCCCACGUCCCUGGGCCAGUUCUCGGACGGGUACUGCAAGCGCAAGAUGCAGAUGCCCGCAUUCUACGUCAAGCUGUCUGUGUACCAGAUGUUCCGUGCACUUGCGUACCUGCACGGGCGUGGCAUCUGUCACCGCGACAUCAAGCCCCAAAACCUCCUCCUCAACGUCAGCGCCGGCGUCCUCAAGCUCUGCGACUUUGGAUGUGCCAAGCAGCUGCACUCUGACCAGCCGAAUGUGUCGUACAUCUGCUCGCGCUACUACCGCGCACCAGAGCUCUGCAUUGGCGCCUCUUUCUACAGCACAGCCAUCGAUGUGUGGAGUGGCGCAUGCGUGAUGGCGGAGCUGCUGAUGAACAGACCCAUCUUCAGAGGAACAAAGAGCUCAGAUCAGAUGGAGAAGAUCAUGAGGGUGCUUGGUGCGCCCUCGUCCACGGAGCUGCGCGCAAUGAACCCGGAGUUCCGCGGCUCCCUCUCCUCCCCGCGCACCACCUCCCUUGAAGACCUGCUGCGCGUGCGCCCCUCCGCCGAGCGCGCCGUCGAGAUUGACCUCCUCAAGAAGACGUUUGCGUAUGUGCCGAAGAAGCGGCCCACGUCGAUUGAGGUGCUCGCGCACCCGUUCUUUGACGAGCUGCGCGACCCCAAGACGUCCCUGCCAAACGGCAACCCGCUCCCAGAACUCUUCGACUUCACCCCAGAAGAGCUGGCCCUGUCUCCCGGCAUUGAGAAGCGACUGAAGCCCAAGGCUUAA